AAACAGUAAUUCAAGUGUUGCCGUUUCAAGUCAGUAUAUCACUUAUUUUCAUCUCGAUCCUCGCAUCAAUUAUUGUUUAUUAACAUGAGUCAUGGAUGUGUUACUAACCCAAGAACGUUUCUUCCUUUUAUCUAUAACAAUACAGAAACGUAUAUUGAUGGCGAGAAUACAGAUUUUGCAGAGUCAGAAAAUUCGUUAGCGUCGGUCUUCACGAGUCGAGAUAAUUUAUAACGAGAUCUGGGAUAUAGGAUCAAGAUCGAGAUGGUAAGAAGAUCGGGAGCGAGGGUAAUCCUCGCUGCGAGGUUUUUUUUCUACUGCUUGGAGAUUGGACUGGCCAAGUCAUUUGGUGUCCUCGUUCCCGAACUGGAAGAACAGCUUCAGACAUCGAACGCCAUUGUUGGUAUCAUCACAUCACUGUCAUUAGCUGCUAUGUGUCUCGGAUCUCCGAUAGCAAAGAUCAUGUUACAUCGAUGUCCCUAUCCACGGAUUCUGACGUCAUCUUGCGGUCUGGUGGCUGGAUGUUCGCUCGUCGCAUCGUCUUUCACACGAAACCUCUUGAUCUUAGGCCCCCUUUUCAUCACCUUAGGGUUAUGCUGCUCGGUUAUAAAUCUUCAAGCCCUUGUCCUGUUGCACGAAUACUACCAGGAGGAUUUCCCUUUCGUCAGUUGCAUCUCUGUUCUUGGUAUUCCAUUCGGUGCUGCGAUAUUACCGCCAAUUACUGAGAAGUUUUUGGAACACUAUGGUUUAAGCGGAGCCUUGCUGAUACUUGGAGCGCUCGUCCUCAACAUGGUACCUAUUGGUCAGGUGCUGAAGGUCCCAAAGACAAGCAGAUCUGUUUUAGAUGACAAAGAUCGGAAUAAUCUAACUAAGUUGGAGACACUUCUGGUGAAAACACCAGAAGAAACUCGCGAAAACUCCAAGUACUCCCAAUUAUCCGACCAAGAUGAGAGAAAGAAAGGAGACCAAGAAAUCCAUUCUCAGAAAGAUAGAUACGGACAUCGGCUGAAGGAUAAUUUCUUUAUGCAAAAUGGAGAAGCAGAACUGGAAUCGAAGGAGUGCACUGUACCUUCUAACUGUGCAAGACUAAAGGAAUGCCCACAAGUUUGCAAUGACACACUGACAAGUUCACCCACCAAAGAUAUACCAGAAACUUCUCUAUUAAAGACUCAUGCAAACGGUAUUGAAGUCAUCCGGCCUUUGCACAGAAGGAACCCUUCACCAUGUCUGACUUUUUUUCACAUCGAUGUCUUGAUCAAGGAACCACUUUUCUCACUCUUUUACCUUCCAUGUGUUUUCUUCUUAUUCUUGGUAACAGGUGGAUGGGCGCUUUUCAUCGUCGUUUAUGCCUUAGACCAAGGAAUUGACAUUGCCCGAGGAACCUUCCUUGCAACAUCUGGAGCGGUUGGAGGGAUCAUUUCGUCAAUUCUUAUGUCCAUUGGUCUUCGUUACCGCCCCGAAUUAAGUCCAUAUUACUGGAUCGCGAACCAGGCACUUUACGCAGUCAUGAUCUUCUUACAAGUGCUUCACUCUUCCUAUGCCUACCUUUUAGUCAUGUCAUUUUUUAUCGGAUUUGGUCUCUUUGGGGUGAAUGUAGUUAUAGAGGCUGUUUUGUCAGAAGUCGUUGAGAAAGAAAACUUUCCUGAUGCUGGCAAUCUGUUUUUCUUUGCUGUGGGUAUCGGAUACAUCUCUGCAGGUUACAUUUCAGGUUUCGUCCAAGAUCGAACAGGUAACAGUAAAAUGCUUUUCAUCUUUCUUGGAGUGAUGUCAAUGAUAGGUCUCAUACUCUUCUCAGCCAUGGUUAUCUUAUUCAAGAGAAGGCAGACGGUGAAUACUAAGGACUCAGAUAAGACUGAAGAUCAUCAAGCAGAUGAAUCGAACAGUCGUUGACCCUUGUACUCAAAGGACUGUGUAUCGUCGUUUGACCCUUUUAGAUCUGAAUAUGAACAUGAUGAAUCUUGUAAUGAUUCGAUAUUCCUUGGGGCCGUUUCAUUAAGCUGAUCGUAACUUACGCAUGACUUCAUGUACGAUUGGUUACCUGUUGUUACGGUGGCUAGUAAUUAUAAUCUAAUAUUUAAAGACUUGUAAAAAUAAUACCUAAAGUAACUUGUGGUCAAGCCCAAGGCGUGGCAUACUUUUGGUAGAAGGGCUCAUUGCUUAUACAAGGAAGCAGAAGUGCUAAUCAAGGACUCUCACUAGAAAUUCAUAAUUUUGGGGUACAUAACAGUUGGUGAGUUUAUCAUUUUCGUGUAUUUUAUUGUAAAACUUUAUGAUUAUGUAUUUCAUACUUUAUGAUUAAGGCUUUCUAAAAGAAAACAGUAAAAUUGCAAAGUUUGUAGAAGACAAAUUUCUUUUUAAAUAUACACUCAUUUACCGGUACAUUAUUCUCACAUUCAUAUUUUCAUUUGUUAUUAAUUCCCAAUCUUAUUAUUAUUAUUUUUUUUUUUUUUUUUUUUUUUUUACUGCUUAUAGAUCUUUUCCCAAUACAAUGUACUUCAUUUUAAAGUUUAUAUUUACCUGGCCUAUUUAAAUGUAUAUCUAAAUACCAAUUUACUACACCUUCUUUAAGUUGUCCUGUAAUUACAUUUCUAAUCACACUCUAUUUGAUUGUUCUUAUACAUAUCAAAUUCAAUAUGCUUUUUCUAUAUGAAUUAUUGUUUGUAUUAAUAUAAUAAUAUAUAUAUAUGUUUUUAUUCUUAUUAUUUAUAUUUAUUUAUUUUGUUUUAUUUAUUUUAUACUGCAGGGUAGGCCUGUUCAGUUCUUAAAACUGCUUUACAAAGGCGCCCUGCAGUUUAAAAUACAUGUCAAGAUAACUAUGAACAACAACAACAAACAACAUCAAAAAUACAAAAUACAAAAUAUCUAACAUCAGAAACAAUUAACACCAAAAUAUAGAGUGGGAAGUGACAAUUUAAACAUACAUAGCAUUGUAAAUCAAUGGAAUAUCAUUUCGCUCUUUAUCAAUUCGUAUGAAAGGCUUUGCAUAAUUUUUUAAAAACUAACAAGGAGGUACAAACUUGUAAAUUUGAAGGAAGUGCAUUAAAUAAUUUUGGUCCGACAUAUGCGAAAGAUUUUCUUUUAUGUUCAAUUCUAGCUUUGGGAAGCUGAAGGGGGCAUCGUAAAGAAUACCGUGUCCUGUAUUUCACGGGCCGUUCUUGGGGUGUUAACAUACAAGUCCAGGUCGGGGAGGAAAGCCUGCGGGCUACAGUAAUUUAUUUAACUUUUUCCUUUUCCAGGCAACCUGGACUUGUUCUGUAAACAUCCCUUUUCACUUGUAAUUGUAUACUCUCUUGUAAAUUGAUUGUAAACUGUUUUUGUUGAAAUGCCGAAUAAAAUAAUAAUAAUAAUAAUAAUAUAUUUUUUUUUCUCUCUCUCUCUCUAUUGGAAUAUUCUGUGCAUAGAGUAUGUGCAUUAUACCAUUACCAGGGCCCACCCAUGAUAGUAUUCCUAAAUUAGACCCCAAAAUAGCCAAUCUGGAAUAGAAUUAUUGGAAAUGGAAAUGGUAAAUGUUGACACCCAUACCUACUCAAAUCAGUUGAAAAACCAUCUCCAAUAACUUUGUUCCAGAUGGUUAGGGGAAGGCGGGAUAAGUUGUGACACUUUUUGCAUCUUGCAUGUUAGAGUUGGUGACUAGUAAUCAUGUAAAAAUAAGUACCUUGCCUUUAAAUUUAAUUCUUGGGAAAUAUUUUUCACCUAUAUAUAACUUUCUACCCCCACACUGAAAGUUAUUGUCACCUUUGAAAAAAAACCGAUGUCAAAUGGCUCAUCUUGCCCCAUCUGUGGGGUAAAUUGAGCCACAAAACUAUGUACAAUGUAUGCGGGAAGAACCAGCGUGUCAAUUUUUUAUAUAAAGUCUUUUCACUUGUUAUUCUCUAUAAUUACUAACAUCCUCUAAAAGUAAACGAACUGUCAUGUGAAUUUGCUCCUUUCUGUCAGCAUAUCAAUGGCUUUUAAAAGUUUUUAUUAUUAGUAUUAUUAUUAAUAUUAUACAUUACCAUAAGAAUUACCAUGGCUCAACUUGCCACAUGUUGGCUGGCUCAAAUUACCCCAGUCCGAACUUAAUGCGAUAUGUUCACAUCCACACAUUUCUCAUGCAUCCAUCAUGUAAAAGACUAUGACAAUUAAGAAUGAGAAUCCAUACCUUUAUUAUAUUUAAAGACGUGUUUGGGUAAAAAGCACUGAUCUAUUUCACACCUUUUUUACUUUUUUGGCUGAAAUUUGUCUUUUCCCCUCUAAAAAAGUACGAUCAAGUUAAGACACACACACUACACUAAGUGACUAUAUACUUUGAUGUAAGUCUUCAUUCCAUCCGUUUGACACUUGUAUUGUUUUAAGAGAACGUUGAGACCUGAUUAAAUGCACCAAAGCUUUUAUUUGGAACAUAUUACAAGUUUGGAUCGUCAUGUGAUUCGAUUUAAGCGUCGAAGUGACUGUGGACUGUGAAACGAGUGCAUUUGCAUAUGUUAUAAAUUUCCCUUGAAUGUAGACAAAGCUACACUUUUUUUUUGCCAAAUUGUGUAUCUAUAUUAUGUAGCUGACUUAAUAAAAGGUCUUAGUAUUGCGUAUAAAGUCGUGCGUAACUCAAGAAAAGCUUUACGAAACGCCACCUAGAUUAUAUUUGUUGAAGGAUAAUAUAUAUAAAAGGGAGUGAAUAGUCAAACAACAACAGAAUUAUCUCGCCAAAGAUCACCAGUCUUUUUUUUCCGGUUAUCUAUACACGACUGUGAUUUCAAGAUGAAGAUCAGCUCGACACGCAGUACUGAAACAGAUGGAUGGAGAAUAUGGUCGAUGGCCGAUGAACCAGGUGGGGUGGGAGCUAGGGCCCCACUCUCUUACUAGUUAUCUGUAUAAAAUGUUUUUCUUUUCACGGUCAGCCCCCCCCCCCCCCCCCCACCCAUCCCCACUUUUGAAUCCGUUCCGCAUCCCUUGAUGCAGCAUUGUUUGCAGUGAAACCUUAUAACGAAAUCUUUGCUAGAUUUCUAUGGGGAUAUAAGUAGGCCAAAUUUUUUUUUUUUUUCAUAUAGUAU